AUGCCCAACACUGAGGAAAGCAAAGUUCCAGUACGUUCCGAAGCGCCACCAAACAAAAACUCUGGAGGCAGCGGACAUGACGACGUCGCCUUGGAAAGCAAGACUGGUGAUAUCCCAACCAAACAUGUCCUCUACAAGCCAACCUGGAGCUCCAUCGACAAUCACGUCAUUCCGUCCUGGUACGACGAGGCCAAGGUUGGAAUUAUGAUACACUGGGGCGUCUACUCGGUGCCCAGUUUUGAGAACGACUGGUUCUGGUUCGCAUGGAAGAAAGGCGGAGAGCACAGGUACGCGCAAUUCGUAAGAAAGAACUUCAAACCCGAUAUCACGUACCAAGAAUUCGCACCGAAAUUUACGUGCGAGUACUUCAACGCAAAACAAUGGGCAUCACUUUUCGCUGCGUCAGGCGCAAGAUACGUUGUCCUCACGUGCAAACACCACGACGGCUACACGCUCUGGCCCUCCCCGUUCUCUCCGAACUGGAACUCCAUGGACGUCGGACCGCACCGAGAUUUAGUUGCGGAUUUAGCAGACGCCAUUAGAACAGCAACACCCAACGUGCGUUUUGGACUCAACUACUCCCUUCUCGAAUGGUUCCACCCGCUGUACCUCGAGGACAAAGCUCUCAGCACGCAACGCUUCGUGACAACGAAGGUCAAACCGGAACUCAUGCAUCUUGUGGAAGCCUACAAACCUGACCUUCUGUACGUGAGCGGCGACUGGGAAGGAGAGGACAGCUAUUGGGACGGGGCCUCGUUUCUCGCCUGGCUGUUCAAUGACAGUUCUGUCGGAGAGUCCAUAGUAGUCAACGACCGUUGGGGGAGAGCAGCCCGAAAUAAGCACGGCGACGUUAAAACUGGCGAAGGAUACCAAGGACAAAAAUGGGAGAAGCAUCUGCCCCUCGAUAGAUACUCCUACGGCUACAGGAGGGAGGCCCCCGUGAACGACUACAUCAGCAUGCAAGAGCUCGUAGACAUCUUGGCAGAAACAAUCAGUAGUAACGGGAAUCUGCUUAUCAACGUUGGACCUACCAAAGAAGGUGUUAUAGAUCCACUGUUCGAAGAACGGCUGCGAGGACUGGGAGCGUGGUUAGCUGUGAACGGAGAAGCAGUGUACGCCUCGCUGCCAUGGAAGGCGCAGAACGAUGCGUACACCUCGCAUGUGUGGUACACUUGCGGCAAGGGAGGUAUCGUGUACGCAUUUGUGCUUCGGUGGCCGAAGGAUGAAGUACUGACUCUGGCAAGCUUGCGACUGCGGCCUGAUGGGGAACUUACGAUGCUCGGCAUACCGAAAGCGGUGUUCACCUGGAGCACAGCUGGGCACAAAACGACGGUCAAGUUCCCCAAGCUGACCAUAGACCAACUGCCGUGCGAAUGGGCAUGGGUGUUGAAAAUACGGGGUGCAAUGUAA